AUGACUGGAUUUCCUUUCACUAAUGAAAUCCUCAUUUUCGUGCAAGAUCAAGCUGUGUAUAGAUUUUGUGAUGCAGGAGCACAACGUGAAAGUCAUAUUCUUGGAAGACCACAAGAACAAAAGGGAAAGAAGAGAAAAAAUGGUGGGGAGCAUGCGAAAGGUUUCAAGAAAAGGAAAGAAGGAUUGACGCGAGACUUGAAGAAUCUGGAUAAAGAAAUUUCACGGUUGAACAGAAAAAUAUCAGACCAAGAAAAUCUCAUGGAUAAGUUAUUGAAUCAGCUGAUGCCUGGAUCUGAAGAACUAGAGUUGCUCAAAGAGGAAUUUGCUAUCUUACGUCCAGAUCCCAAUUGGGAUACCUGGACGUCGGAAACAAAAAACCUGCCUGGAUCUGAAGAACUUGAGCUGCUCAAAGAGGAAUUUGCUAUCUUAUGUCCAGAUCCCAAUCGGGAUGUCUGGAUGUCGUCGGAGACAAAAAAACCUUGCGAUCACAAGCAGCUUGGUGUGGUAUUUCAAUAG